AUGCCUCGCCCCGAUGAUGGGUUACGAAAAGUCACGAAGGGUCCCCAGUACGGCAAGAAUAGCCAGGAAGAGCCCGUUCGUGGAAUGACAUCCUCGGUAGUAUGCUGGGAGGAUCAGCUGCCUGGAUCUGCGUAUCAGCGUGCUGGCAGCGUCGCCUCUACGAAUCAUCUCCAGAUAGCCCCGACUACUGGUUUGAUUGGCCAUGGCGGAGUUGGGCUGGCCAGCAAGCCCAGUCCUGUGCCGAUGGCGUCCCCGGCGAAACCGCCACACCCCCAAUAA